AUGGGUAUCUUUAGUAAUUCUCAAGAAGACAAGGACUACACAACCACACAAGUGGAACAAACAAUCAAUAAUCGUUUUGCUUCAAAUGAUGAUAUUGCCAUUGUUAAUGAUUUCUUGAAUAAUCAAAUCAUUUCACCAUUAGGUAAUGUUUUGGAUCUUGGUGGUCUUAAAGAAGUAUUUGGAAGUGGUGAUUUCCCAUUCAAUCAAAAUGUUAAUGAAUUAUUGGGUGGUAUAACUAAAGGUUUUGGUGAAGAAAGAUUUGCCACAGGUUUAAAAGCCUAUCCAACUCCAAGUGCACAAUUAUAUCAAAAAUGUCUAGAUAAAGAUGGUUUAUCCGUUUGGGAUGAUAAAGGUUGGUGGAGAUGUUUAUUCCCAAAGGGUACUUUAAAUGGUGAUCGUGUCUUGAGUAAAGAAGAUGUUUUAGAAGAUAAAUCAAAUAAAUAUGGAUUAUUUUUUAAUGAUUAUACUGGAUUUUUAGGAUGGAAAUCACAAAUGAAACAAUUGAUUAGACAAAAAGAUGAAGAACAAAAAAUUUCAAGACAAAGAGAAAACAUCCAGGAUAUUUAUAAUGGUUAUGCUAAAGAUAUUUCAUUUGAAAAUGGUGAACAUGAUAUCAUAAGCAGUAGUAAAUCAGUUUCUUUUAGAACUUUACCAAAUGGUGAUGGUGAAGAAAUCACUGAAAUUAGUAAUUAUUUUAAAGAUGGGAAAUCUGAAAAUAAGAAGUUUAAAAGAUUAAUUCCUAAAGAUGGUCAAGCUGGUACUAUUGAGACCAUUUCAGAUAAUAAUGAUAGUAAAUUAUCCAAUUGGAUCUGGGGGAAAUAG